AUGGCUCUUCGCGCGAAUUUCCCGGAAUACCCUCCGAAAGUCGAUAUACCGACACAGAUCUACGAGCCGCUCCCAGAUACCUCGUCCUUGUGCAACUGGGACAAUGUCGACGCGACGCAGGUUGGAUCGGAAGUAGUAUCUGACCUUUCCGAAGGGUUGACGAAGGGCUCUCACCAGUCUGUCGCGAGGCUCUUCGCAGACAAUGCGGCGGAGGGCGGGUUCUCGCACUGGAAGGACACAUUGGCGUUAACCGCCCACCUGAGAUCGUUCAAGGGAAGCAAGGCAAUUGCCUCUGCGUUGGUAGAGUUGAGUCAACUUCGAGGAAUCGGAGGUUUGGAGUUUCAAUUCGCCCAGGUGAUCAAGGCGAACGAAAGCCUGUCAUGGGUUAACUGCAGCUUUUACUUCACCACGACCUCCCCAAAAGCGCAAUGCAAAGGCACACUUAUGCUGGUUCCCGAAAGGGAGGAUGGAAAAUGGCGGAUAUGGUCAAUGUCGACGUGGUUGAGAGACUACGAGGAGUUCCCAGAAGACGAGAGCCGCCUACGACAGCCUUCUGCGCCUUUACCUGAGGACUCCAGGUUCGCGACUGAUGUGCUGGUUAUUGGUGGCGGCAACGCGGGCAUUGUCCUAGCUGGUCGUCUCAAGGCGCUGGGUGUUGAUUUCGUGGUGGUAGACCGCAACAAGAAGGUCGGUGACAACUGGUUCAACCGAUACGACUGCAUGCGCUUCCAUACAUACAAGUCGUUUUGCCAUACCCCAUACAUCUCCUAUCCCGAUGACGCAAGCGACACACUAUCACGAGACGAACUGGGCACCCAGAUCAAAACCUUUUCAGAAGAGUUCGACCUGAACCGCCGUGUGCUUCACCAAUCCUCGGUUGCCGCAACCUCAUACGAUACAGGUAGUCAUUCAUGGGCCGUGACCAUCAACGAUGGGAUUAGCAACAGUACGAGAACAGUAACCUGCAAAUGUCUUGUUGUCGCUACGGGCGCCGGUUUCUCAGGGGUGAAUGUGCCCGAUAUUCCAGGCAGGGAGCUAUUCCAGGGUCCUAGCAUUCACUCGACCGAAUUCAAGAACGGCGGUUUGUUGAUGAAGGGCGGCGCAAAGUCAGUCACCAUUGUGGGCUCCGCAAACACGGCUUUCGAUGUCCUCGGCGACUGUUACAAAGCUGGUCUCAAAACGACAAUGAUUCAACGCUCACCUACUUACGUGGUUCCGAUGACAUACUUCGCGCAUCCCAUGGGUCUCGGAGCCUACGACCUCAUCCCGACCGAAGACGCCGACGCGAUGGUUAGUGGGGGGCCUCUGGCUGUUGGAGGACCCCUCUUGGCACUGUGCCACGGCAUGCAAGCUCUCGAAGAACCUAAUCGGUACGACGCUGUUCAGAAGGCAGGAUUGAGAGUGCAAGAUUCACUCUCGGGCGACCUCAUCAUCAACCUCAUCGACCGCUGCGGAGGUCACUUCGUCGACAUGGGCAGAGGUAUCGAGCUCAUCACCACGGGUGAGGUCGGCAUCCGCUCAGGUGCUGUCCCAUCAGCUUACACCUCGGACGGGCUCAUCCUCAGCGACGGCAGCGAGUUGAAGACCGACGCUAUCGUGUGGUGCACUGGAUUUGGUAAUCUCGAUGUAAGGAAGAGUCUUCCAGGCAUUCUCGGUGAGGGAUCCGACAGGUUCGCUAGUAGGAUGGAGUCGACGUGGGGAGUCGACGCCGAGGGAGAAAUCCGGGGACUGUGGAAGCGACAGGCGGACGUGGACAACAUGUGGGUGUUCGCGGGCGGUACCGGGCAACACCGGUGGUUUUCGAAGGUUAUCGCUCUGCAGAUCAAGGGUGUCCUGGAGGGAAUCUUGCCGGAAGCUUACCGACGAACGCCCGGUGAGUUCGGAGAGGGACACGAUGAGAUGACUGCCGGCCCGUUGCACUCUAAUCUGUGA